UUUGUCAACGCAUUUUCAAUACAUUUUUGUCACUUUACAGUUGGCUCCGGAUCUGCAGGAGGUAUAAUCGCAACCAGAUUGUCCGAUGAUCCUGUCAGAGUUUUAUUGCUAGAAGCUGGUGGGUCAAAUCUAGACAAUGAAUAUACCAGAAUACCAUUGCCAUGGAAACGAGCACUGAAAUCAAAAGAAAAUUGGGGAUUUUAUACAGUCCCGCAAAAAUAUUCAUCUUUUGCUACUAAAAAUAAGAAAGCUAAAGCGACGCGUGGUAAAGUAUUGGGUGGAACUGGAAGUAUAAAUGGAAUGAACUACGUCAGAGGAAGCCGCCAUGAUUUUGACCAGUGGAGAAAUGAGGGAUGUGUAGGAUGGGGUUAUGACGACGUUCUUCCGUAUUUCAAAAAAUCAGAAGACAUUCAAAUACCAGAACUUAUAAAUUCCUCUUUUCAUGGCAGAGGGGGUCCUUUGGUUAUUACGGAAGGCCAUACAUCGCCAAUGGAAUUCCUACAUAGGUCUGCCGCCAUUGAGAAGGGUUUACCAGUUGUUGACUGUAAUGGUUUCAACCAGAUUGGAUAUUGUCCUCUGCAAGCAAAUAUUAAAGAUGGUGAACGUUGUACUUCAGCAAGCUGUUUCCUAAGACCAGUUCUGUCGAGACCCAAUUUACAAGUUGUAACCAAUAGCCAUGUUGCAAGGGUUAUUAUACGAAAUGGUACGGCCAGAGGUGUCACAGUGAUGAAGAAUGGGAGAACGACAAGAGUCUAUGCCAAGGAGGAAGUCAUUCUGUCGGCAGGGGUGUUUGGUUCUCCUCAAAUUUUGUUGUUGUCUGGUAUAGGACCAAGAGCUCAUCUGCAAAAAAUUAGGGUCCCACUGAAGGUAGAUCUACCAGUAGGUGAGGGAAUGCAAGAUCACAUGCAGUAUUAUUUCCAGUAUUCUACAAACACAAGUCUUAACAUGAAUCAGGAAAAAGCUUUAGAUCAACGAGACGUCAUGGAAUAUGUAUUUUACAAAAAAGGUGUUCAAACACGCCCUGGCAAUGAUGGAACAAUUUUCGCUCAUUUACCUGAUAAUGAAAAUGACCAUUCCUAUCCUGAUUUACAGCUAAGUUUUAAAGCAUUUGCCAAUGAGAAGGACCCAAUUAAAUGUGCUGUUGACAGGAUGAAUAAAAGGGGGGAGUUUGCAGAACAAAACAGAACUGCUUCUAUUGGAUUUGCUGUGCUUAUCUGCAAAUUGCAUCAUAAAAGUAGAGGAACGUUACGUUUAAAAAGUAAGAAUCCACUGGCACCACCACGUAUAGACCCUAAUUAUUUGUCUCAUCAGGAUGAUGUUGAUUCAUAUAUGAAAAUUUUGAGAUUCGUACAACAUUUAGCAAAUAAUACGGCUUGGGAAAGCAUUGGAACAACAUUUGUAAGACAGGAAGAGUGUACUAGCCAUUGCAAAAAUUUGACCUUUGACACGGAUGAUUAUUGGAGAUGCAUGGUUCGUCACUAUGCAGUUGAAUCUAAUCACCAAGUAAGCACGUGCAGAAUGGGUGCAGCUAACGACCCUACCGCAGUCGUUGAUCCCUAUUUGAGGGUGAAAGGAAUCAAGAGAUUGCGAGUUGCAGAUUCCUCGGUAAUGAGAAGUAUACCGUCUGCCAAUACAAAUGCUGCAACAAUGAUGAUUGGAGAAAAAGCUGCCGACAUGAUAAAAAUGAGCCGACGCUUAAAGUAUAAAACAAAAAAUGGAAAAGUUAUUGUUUUAUGAUUAAUAUAUUAAUAUUCUAUCACAUAUGUUCGUCGACAGGGUCAUGUAUUUUUAGAAUAGAAACAAACUUACGACAGGGUGAUUCAGAUUCUAUAUUAAUUUGUAUCACCAAAACUCUGAACGUUUUAUGUGUUUAAAUGUAUGUACUGGUAAUAUUAAAAGUGUGUGAAGUAUAUUAAUAAUAUUUCUAAUGUUUAAGAAAGAUAUAUACUAUUUAGCAUGUGUUGUGAUAAUAAAAUAGAAUAUGGCAAGACA